UUCAACUUCUUCUUCUUCUUCGCUGGAACCCAAUGGGUCAAUCCUCAAGCAAUCGAAGAAGAACAGGGUAUUACCACCAAAACCCGCCCUCCGUCUUCUCUCCAUCCUCCCACCCUCCUCUUCCUCCUCCCCCUCCUGCUACUCCUCCUCCGCCUCCUCCUCCUCCUCCUCCUCCUCCUGCUCCUGCUCCUGCUUCCUAUCCCUACUGCGCUCCGCAGCCGGCAUCCAGCUAUGGCCCCCCGAUCCGAUACUACAACCCCUUCAUCGGCCGAUCUGGCUACCCGGCGUACCUUCCGGGCGCCCAAGGCACCAGCUGGUGGCCUUCUGGGUCUGCUUCGGGUCCUUCAUCGCCUUGGAUCAUGCCCCCUCCUCAGCCGCCUCCGCCCCCUUAUGUGGAGCACCAGAAGGCCAAGACCAUCAAGAAUGAUGUCAAUCUCCACAAGGACACGAUCCAGCUUGAGCCGGAUGUGCACAGCCCCGAUCACCAGCUUGUCUCGUUUACCUAUGAUUCCUUGGUCGAUGGAAGUGUCACCAUCUUUUACUUUGCCAAGGAAGGUGCUGAUUGCACUUUCUCCCCAAUAUAUCCUGAUAUCUACAUGCCUGUAAAUGUACCUUUCCAAAAGGCUGUACAUCAGAAAUUCUGUCAGCCUUCAGGAUCUGGAAUUGAUUUAGGGUUCUUCGAAUCUGAUGAUCUCUCAAAGCCUUCAUCUGACGAUGUGUUCCCAUUGGUUAUCUAUGCUGAGGCUUCCCCACAACCUCCUCCUGAAGAAACCAGCCAUUCUAAACCUGCUUCACGUGCACAGAUUACUCUUGCCGUCAUUGAAAGGAAAGCUGAUGGGGCCUUUCUAGUGAAGGUGGUAAAGCAAAUUUUGUGGAUUGAUGGUCAGCGUUAUGAACUACAAGAGAUUUUUGGCAUAGGAAGUUCAGUUGAGACUGGAAUUGAUGGUAAUGAUGAUGAGAAUGAUGAUGAUAUUGGGAAGGAAUGCGUAAUUUGCUUGUCUGAGCCAAGGGACACUGCGGUGCUGCCUUGCAGGCAUAUGUGUAUGUGCAGUGAAUGUGCAAAAGCAUUGAGGUUGCAAUCAAACAAGUGUCCAAUAUGCCGCCAACCAGUUGAGAAACUAAUGGAGAUUAAGGUGAAGAGGACGUUUGAACAAUGAUACAAAUUGGGCAGCUUCUUUUGUAUCUUUUGCAGUUACCUGUGCAUAUAAAUACUUGUCUUUUAAAAAAAAAAAAGUUGGGUUCUUGCUAGAUUGCUGUAUAUUUAUAAUAUAAAGGCAUUUUAAAGAGUUCAAAAUCAUCUUGUGAGAUGACUCAAUGUUUUUGCCUCCGUUGAGGGCAAUAACUAUUGUUCAUAAAGAUUUAUAUUCUUUGGUUGUUUAUCAUCAGUCCUUGCUUUUCA